AUGUCACAUGUCGAGGACCAGCAAAACGAGGGCAACACCUUCGAGUCGCACGUCGAUGGCGAUGGCGAAGGCGAAGGCAGCACCUCGCACAUCAAGAACCGGCUGGACGGAGGUAAUGUUCAGCCGCAACAAUCUCAAGCAGUAGCAGCACAUGUGCAAGCUCUGCAGCGACGGAAAAUUGCUCAACUGGAGGAGAAGCUGGAGGCCCUACAGUCGGGGCGCGCAGUCAAGGAAAGGUGCGGCCGCUAUCGUACGUAUUGGGUUGCAUUGCUUACUAUAUAUGUUAGGCAAACAAUCUGGUAUGUCACUAAAGGAAGAGCGAUCAGGCGUGUUGUCACCCUGUUCGACAGUAUCGAGGACCUCGUCGCUGAAAACAACAGAAGAUACGAGGAUGAUGACCCAGAUACUACCAUCGAACAGGAUCGACUGCAAAUAGGUUACGCCACACUAACCAGAACCUUGCCGUGGUUUUUCAAGAAGGGUUCAGAGAUGGAGUACGAGGAGUACUCGCACAUGUUGAAGAUGCUUUGUCAGGGGGCUGAUGGCGCUCGAGGAGAUGACACCUCGAAACUGAAGACUCUUGUUUCGGAAUGGGUCAAUCGUGAAUUCAAGCCGGUUUGCCUCGUCGACCCCGACGAUAAACAUUCCCGCAGAUUCACUCAUGAUGUGUGUGGCAAGUUACUCUGUCCGGCCGAGCUUGAUUGGAAUAGCCCAGAAGUGAAGGCAGGAAUCAGAAAUCACUCAGAUGGGUAUAUCAUUACAGAUCUAUCCUUUCCCGCUUACUUGUAUGACAAGUACACUAUCAAUCCGGACGACCUUGAGGAAGGUCUUUUCAAAGGCAAGAUUCUCAUUCAGGGCUACAAGGCUGUGUUCACGUCUCCUUCCUCAGCAAAAGAUGUUGACGGCGACGGCGACGGCGCAGAUGUCAUCAGCAACAACCGACGGGUCAAGAAGUCUCUAUCCAGAAUCAAGGUCAAAAAACAUGUGCGAUUCGCACUUUCUUCCGUUACCUCAUGGCGGUCCAUGGAUGGCGACUUCGACUACGAACAGUUUUGGCGGACCAUUGUGGACUUCUUCGAAAGGGCCCCUGGUCGAGAAGUGCAUCGCAGGGUGGAAAAACUUCUCGAAUGGUGGACCAGAAAAGUUUUCGGGAGGAACCGCCGAGGCAAACUUAGUGACGCAAUGAAGGCCAACAUGUCCGUCAAUGCUCUCGCAAGGCAGAGAGAACAGCGUGAUGAUGCUGCGUUUGAUUCACCUUAG